CUCGCUCCUUUCUUCUUCACCUAGGUGCGGCAGGCAGCACAGGGACAGUCACCAUGUCGAAGAUGUCGGAUCGCGAGCUCUUUGAGCUCAACUCAAAGGCUGCUGUUCAGAAUUACAGUGUUGAGCCACGCCUUGAUUAUCGGACAGUGUCAGCCAUCAAUGGCCCCCUAGUCGUACUGGACAAUGUCAAGUUCCCCUCGUACAACGAGAUUGUCUCUCUCACCUUGCCCGAUGGCUCCCGACGAGGCGGCCAGGUGCUCGAAGUGUCGGGAUCCAAGGCUGUCGUCCAGGUGUUCGAGGGGACAAGCGGUAUUGACGUCAGGGACACGCACAUCGAGUUCACAGGCUCGAGCAUGAAGCUGCCCGUUUCCGAGGACAUGCUCGGAAGGAUCUUCAACGGAUCCGGUGCACCUGUUGACAAGGGACCCAAGGUCUUUGCUGAGGACUACCUCGACAUCAAUGGCUCCCCCAUCAACCCGUACGCGCGGGUGUACCCCGAGGAGAUGAUCCAGACUGGUAUCUCGACCAUCGAUACCAUGAACUCGAUCGCUCGUGGCCAGAAGAUCCCCAUCUUCAGCGCUGCCGGUCUGCCGCACAACGAAAUUGCGGCUCAAAUCUGCCGGCAGGCGGGCUUGGUCAAGAAGGGAGACGCAGGAGGAAGUGCAAAGCCUUCCAAGGGCAUCCACGACGAUCACGAAGACAACUUCAGCAUCGUCUUUGCGGCCAUGGGUGUCAACAUGGAGACGGCACGCUUCUUCAAGCAGGACUUUGAAGAAAAUGGCUCGCUGGACAGAGUCACACUCUUCCUCAACUUGGCAAACGAUCCUACCAUCGAGCGUAUCAUUACGCCUCGACUGGCCCUGACUACGGCCGAGUACUAUGCAUACCAGCUGGAGAAGCACGUCCUUGUCGUCUUGACCGACAUGACGUCGUACGCCGAUGCCCUUCGUGAGGUCUCUGCCGCCCGUGAAGAGGUUCCCGGUCGUCGUGGAUACCCUGGUUACAUGUACACGGACUUGUCGACCAUCUACGAGCGCGCCGGUCGUGUGGCCGGUCGCAACGGAUCCAUCACCCAGAUUCCCAUCCUGACCAUGCCGAACGAAGACAUGACGCACCCGAUUCCCGACUUGACUGGCUACAUUACCGAAGGGCAGAUCUACGUCGACCGGCAGCUGCACAACCGGCAGAUCUACCCCCCGAUCCAGGUCCUCGGUUCUCUGAGCCGUCUGAUGAAGUCGGCCAUUGGAGAGGGCAUGACGCGCAAGGACCACGGCGACGUCUCCAACUCGCUCUACGCCCUGUACGCCACGGGCAGGGACUGCGCUUCGAUGAAGGCUGUCGUCGGUGAGGAUGCACUCUCGGCAGAGGACAAGCUCAGCCUUGAGUUCCUCGAGGCGUUUGAGAGGCGCUUCAUCAACCAGGGCGCGUACGAGAACCGAACGAUCUACGACUCGCUCGACAUUGCUUGGAGCUUGAUGAGAAUGCUGCCCAAGGAGAUGCUCACUCGGAUCAACCCCAAGAUUCUCAAGGAGUACUACGGCCGCAGGGCUCAGGGCUCGCUCAAGAAGGCCGCCGAGUCCGAACGGGCCUUGGCCGAGGCGGAUGACAACAAGAAGCAGGACAAGUCGACGCGCGACGGAGACGCAAAGCUCGUCGAUGACAACUGAUGGGUCCGAUGUUGGUUCGAUAUUCCACGCCUACCGCCCUUCUCUCUUGUGUUCCGAUAGUCUCUCUCGUCUAUCUCCCAGCUUCAAUGGAAUAUUUGAAUAGAAUGCUGCGCUUGAGUA